AUGAAAUCGCACUGUUUCACCAGCGCCUUCAGCAUACGCUCGAUGCUGGCCAAUUGCGAGUCCGAGGUGGCCAAUUGCCCAGCGCCUGGAGACGGCCUCGACCCGUUGACGCCGUUGCUGGCCGUCCGCAGGUGCCGCCGAGGACAGGUCAUGCAGCCUGGACCGAUUCGAGGCGAGACGGUCUCACCUCGAGUCCCCCACAACCGGCAACAAAGCUCGACCGGCCGUGUCAAUCGGCCCGACGACCAGUUGCUCGUCGCCACGGACGCCUUCCAGACACGUCUGAGCCCUGUCCUGCUGGACGGGCGGCUGCCCAGCCCCCGAUCCCGACCCGCCGGCUCCAUCUCGCACAGUCUACCCCUGUUGCCGGGGCAACGCGAGGCGUCGUUUCUGGCCGCCGGUCUGCCUCUGACAGACGUGUUGGUACCGUUUUCCAAGUCUUUCGAUGAGCUUCCCAGUCAACAGUCACACUCGCUCUCUCUGCCGGAGACGUCGCAAUACGCCUCUUCAAGGGCCUCUUCUUCUUCAUCCGCAAAUCCUUCCAACUCAUCCAGUCCCGCCGGCCACUCGGAGCACACAAAGCCGCCGGCCUCUUCCUCCCCCCCGGACACCUGGUCGCCACGACGACAACGACGACGACGACGACGACGACGACGACGGUCACAGCUUGCGUCAGAGACGCCAGACGGAGGCGAAAAUACGUCAAGACGACUUGGCCACGAGGUCGAAUUGACCCUGUCGAGCCACAUGCACUGCCAGCUCGGCGAAGCCGAAGUGGCCGACGACGAGAUGAAGCAGAGUGAGCAAGCCGAUGCUGACGAUGAAGCUGACGAUGCUGCUCGUGGCGGCGACGACGACGACGAUGAUGAUGAUGAUGAUGAUGAUGAUGGGGAGGAGAAUGAGGACGAGGAGGAUGAGGAGGGGGAGGAGGAAGAGGAGGGGCGACUGGUGCCGGCUGGUGAGAGUGCGGCCGAUUCGGGGCGCGAGUCAGGCGCGAGGACGAGUGAGUCGUCGAGGCAACAGACGACCGGAGGCCAGAGUCCGGCGGCCGAGUCCGGCGGCCGUGCAAGCGACGGGCUCUCGGACAAGCCUCCGUUCAGCUACAACGCUCUGAUUAUGAUGGCGAUCCGCAACAGCGCCGAGCAUCGGCUCACGCUGAACGAGGCGCCCAUCCUUCACAGCUCCCUUGCUCACCCCCACCUGCCCCCCUCCCCGACUCUGUCCGGACACCUCGUAUCUACAGACCCGUCGCCACCGCCUCCACCGCCGCCGCCACCGCCGCCACCGCCAGUACCACUUCCACCGCCCGUCCCCAUGGGCCUCGGACACACAUUCACUGGCCUUCCGCCCAUUUCGUCUGUUACCAUGGCGACUGCGGCAUCUUGGCUGUCGGCCCAUUUGCCCGUGUCGUUGCAUCACCUUUUGCAGUUGGGCGGUCUCCGCGGCGGCGCGGCGUCGAAUGACCUCGAACUUGGCUACUCGCCUGCCGAUUGGCCGGCCGGUCUCGCCCUGUUGCCGGGCCAUACCGGUUUUCCCGCCUCCCCAUUAGUCGGCGCCCUGUUGCCAGGCGGCCUGUACCUGCCAUCUCACAGCCCUCCGCCGCCUCUUGUCCCCCUCGACACACCGACACCCUUGCACACCAACAGCACCGACAUUGGCAGCAUCAACAACAGCAACAGUACCAACAUUCGACAGACCAGCUGCGACCAGUUUUGGUCGACCGGGCCGCAGGCUCGAGUCCCGCGGUCGGAUGUCCUCGACGGCGUGCAGACGCACAACGGCCUGACGAGGCGGAUCGUCGAGUCGCCGCAGGAGACGAGGCCCGACCCGAUUCAUCUUCACGACCGGACGGCAGUUGCGAAGAAGGCGAAAACUCACGAGACCCAAUGCCUCAGUCGGCCUGUCUUCACGGCGUCCGGCCUACACUCGCCGUUUCUGCCCACCCUCCAACCCGCCCUGACGACGACGGCCGCGUCUCCGGCCGACUUCGGCCAGUGCAAGUCGAGUCUGGAGGAGACACGCGCUCUUCUCUUUCAGGCCUGCCUGUUGCGUCAAACCGCCUCGGCCAGCCUCAGAAUGGAUCUGCCGGGCCAGUUUUCAACUGGCCCUUCCGCGCUGACUCACUCGCCCUCACGACAACCCACGCCGAUGGCGGAUGCUGACCUCCUCGCCGCCGCGGCCGCAGAUGCCUCGGUCGUGGAUACCGCCGCCUUGGCCUGUUGGGCUUUGCAAGCCAGCUCGGCCGGCGUCACGACUGGGCACCACGGACAUCAGACAAAUCAGAACGUCGCCAGCAUG